GCGUCUCGCGCUUUCGGAGUCCCCCACGAUCAAGUCAGACGUUCAACACGAUAUCCGAGUACAGUAUCCUGGUCAGAAGCUUCGGUAUCUCGGUAGCUACUGCAAGUCAACUCAGCAAAAUGAGCUCGGAGAAGUCAAUUCCCAAACCGUCUGGUUCCAACAAACGGUCGUCUGAUGCUCUUGAAGAUGCGGAACGAAACGGACCGAGGAAGGCUUCGAAACUAUUCCCGAUCUUCGAGAAGAAGUCGGCCGAACCGCACUCAACAUUCCAGUGGCUCAAGCCAGCCCUGGGCCCGCAGCGAUCCUGCCUACACGGCAUCAAUAUGAGCCCCGAGAGCCGGCAGAGAGUGGCAGCCUUUGAUCUUGACGGGUGUGUCAUCCAGUCCAGUUUUCCGAAGAAAACGAAGGGCAACGCAACGCCUGAAUUUCAAUGGUGGCGACCGAACAUACCGAAGAAAUUGAAAGAGGUGCAUGACUCGGGGUAUUCAGUCGUUAUAAUCACGAACCAGGCCCUCAAGAGCGCUGCCUUAGCAGACUGGAAACGGAAGGUCCCAGUAAUAGCUACCGCUCUCUCCGAUGUGCCGUUUCGAAUCCUUGCGGCCACUGCCCGCGAUGGCUAUCGCAAGCCAAUGCCUGGCAUGUGGUAUGAACUAGAACGUAUAUUUGCCUUGGAUGGUGUGGAGAUAGAUAAAUCUGCCUCGAUAUUUGUGGGUGACGCAGCGGGUCGACAAGGCGAUCAUGCUUCGACCGACAGAAAAUGGGCGCUGAAUGUCGGUCUUCCAUUCUACACUCCAGAGGAAUACUUCCUCAAAUUACCUGCUGCGCCAUAUACCCUGCCAGGUUUCCACGUCUCAUCGCUGCCAACUGAUUUACCACGCGUAACGCCGACAUCGACACCACUGAUACCGCCUCAGCCCAAACGGGAGAUCGUUGUGUUCGUCGGGUACCCUUCACUGGGGAAGUCCUCCUUCUACAUGAAACACUUUCAACCAGCGGAUUAUGUACACGUCAAUCAAGACACACUUCGCACAAGGGACAAGUGCGUGAAGGCUGUCCGGGAGGCUGUCCAGGAAGGCAACAGUUGCGUCGUAGACAAUACGAAUCGCAAUGCGGAGACGAGGCGGCACUACGUGGAGCUUUCCAAGCAGCUCUCCGUGCCAAUAAGAUGCAUUGUAUUUGAAGGGUCCUUAGAACUAGCAUGGCAUAACAAUCUCUACAGAGCCUUCAACUUACCGCCGUCGACUGUCGAACGAGAGCCUAAGAGGGAGCUUUUGCCGUACAACGCCUUCACCAGUUUUCGCGCGCAGUAUGAAGAGCCGCAGCUGAAGGAGGGUUUUCAGGAAAUUAAGAAAGUCAAUUGGGUUUUCGAAGGUGACGAGGAGGAGCGGCGGCGUUGGGGCAUGUGGCUACAAAUCGACGGGAAGUAGCGUUCAUUAUACCAGGACCUUCUGCUAUACUUUCCCUCUAGACCGGACAUGCCGUCGAGCCAGCCGCAUCUGUUCUUGAGCACGAACCAUGGGGACUAGUGUCAACUAGGGACACACAACUGACAAUGACUACAGAGCGUCCGGAUCUACAAUCGUUGACUGCCCGUCACGAUUGGAAUUGGAUGGUGUGCUAGUUU